AUGACCUUAGUAUCCUCCGCUACAAGAACACCAUCGGAUUGCUUUUACGCGGCGGCGCUCUGCGUGCAUGUGUUGCUUUGGCUUUCGUGUGCUGUGUCCGGAGAGGAGGAUCAUCACUUCAGCGUUGAGGGAUGGCUACAGAAGUAUGGCUACCUUCCCCGCACAGAACCGGGCAUGUCUGUCCUGCGCUCGGCCCACACCAUGCACUCGGCCAUCACCGCCAUGCAGCGCGUCUAUGGCCUCAAUGUCACAGGGACACUGGAUGAGAGGACCAAGGAUGAUAUCACGCUGAGUUGGAUGCAAAAGCCGCGCUGCGGCGUCCCGGACCAAUUUAAAAACGCCGCGAGGUCACGCAAGCGGAGAUUUGCGCUGACGGGACAGAAGUGGCAGCGUACGCACAUCACCUACAGCAUAAAAAACGUCACGCCGAAAGUGGGCGCCCGCGAGACCCACGACGCCAUCCGCCGCGCGUUCGACGUCUGGCAAGGUGUGACCCCGCUCCGCUUCGAGGCCGUCCCGUACAGCGCGUUGGAGACCGGCAGGCGCGACGUGGACAUCACCAUCAUCUUCGCUUCGGGUUUCCACGGCGACAGCUCGCCCUUCGACGGGGAAGGUGGGUUCCUGGCCCACGCCUACUUCCCGGGCCCGGGCAUCGGAGGGGACACGCACUUUGACUCGGAUGAGCCCUGGACCCUCGGGAACCCCAACCACGAUGGUAACGACCUGUUCCUGGUGGCGGUGCACGAGCUGGGCCACGCCCUCGGUCUGGAACACUCUAGCGACCCCACGGCCAUCAUGGCCCCUUUCUACCAGUACAUGGACACAGAGAACUUCAAACUACCUCACGAUGACCUCCAGGGCAUCCAGAAAAUCUAUGGUCCACCAGAUAGGGCACCCCAGCCUACCAGACCUCCGCCUACGGUCCCCCCUCCUCGCUUCCACCCUCCCUCGGACCCCCGUACAAACGAGCGCCAUGCCAGACCCCAUCGCCCUCCGCAGGGGGCCAAGCCCUCCAACCCCAACUCCAAACCCAACAUCUGCGACGGAGGCUUCAACACCCUGGCCAUCCUCCGACAGGAGCUUUUCGUCUUCAAGGACCAAUGGUUUUGGAGGGUACGGGACAACUCCGUAGUCCCCGGCUACCCCAUGCAGAUCAACUACUUCUGGAAAGGCUUGCCUCCCAAAAUUGAUGCCGUGUAUGAAAACAGCGAAGGGAAAUUUGUCUUUUUCAAAGGAAACCGGUUCUGGGUCUUCAAGGACACGACUCUCCAGCCUUCGUACCCUCAGGACAUCUCGCUGUUCGGGAGCGGCAUGCCCACCCAGAGCAUCGAGACGGCCGUGUGGUGGGAGGACGUGGCCAAGACCUACUUCUUCAAAGGAGACAGGUACUGGAGGUACAACGAGGACAUGAGGACCAUGGAUCCGGGUUAUCCCAAACCCAUCACCGUCUGGAAGGGCAUCCCUGACUCUCCACAGGGGGCCUUCGUGGAUAAGGCCAACGGCUACACCUACUUCUACAAGGGAAAGGAGUACUGGAAGUUCAACAACCAGAUGCUCCGCGUGGAGCCCGGCUACCCGAGGUCCAUCCUGAGGGACUUCAUGGGCUGCGACGGCCUGCCCGCCGACCCCGACUGGGACUGGAACCCCCCGGUGGCGGAGGAACGCCACUACGACAACGGCGACGUGGACGUCGUCAUCAAACUGGACAGCACGGGGGGCACGGAGAAAGCGGUGGCCAUCGCCAUCCCCUGCGUCCUGGCCCUGUGCAUGAUGGUCCUCCUCUACACCGUUUUCCAGUUCAGGAGGAAGAGCACGCAGCGCCACAUACUGUACUGCAAGCGCUCCAUGCAGGAGUGGGUCUGA